AUGUUAGACACGGAUCCGCCGCCCCCUACAGUGCGCCUGGAGCGCGGUAGAAGCUCGAGCCAGCUGCCAUUACUGAGGGACCGCAGCCAUAACCGCAAUCCAAGCGCUGUCGGCAUUGCUAGGUCCUUGUCAGACCGUAUUCGAUUAACGCGUGGCAACCAAACCGCAGAGCCAGAUUUGGAACAAGGGCCUAGUCCUUUGGACGCCGAGCCCACGGUCAGCGUUGUGCCGCCCAUUCGCGAGCAAAGGGAAGAUAGCAACCCUCGCUUCAAGCCGAACCAGCUUUGGCCAUGGAACGGCGAUGCUGCUUCGGCGUGGUCCUUCCAUCGUCCGAGCCAAACAUCUUCGACCAUUCCACAAUACCCAGAGGACGAAAUUGACCCUAUGACGCCGCCUGAUACCAGCCGUCAUGGCUCAAGUGCAACAGUGCCUUUAUACAAUAACAGUCUUCGCACAUCGAAAGGAUCCUUGGAUGUGACCAAAGCCUUGGACGAUGGUCGUCCACGUAUGCCCUCGAUUAUGGUGCAGGGCGUGGGCGAAGCAGAGCCUGUGCUAUUGGAUUCUGCCACCGAUACAGCAGCCCCCGCUCCCUCCAUUGAGGGGUCAGUGGCCAGCCCUGCAGCCAAUGCACAUGAGACCCAUCGUCGCUCGUCGUGGAUGCCCCGCCUUCCCUCCUUGUGGCCCUCAAGCACGAGCGAAGAGACUACAAACAAGGCAGGCGCUACGGCCAGCAAAAGCGAUGCACAUGGCGACCAAGAGCCCUCCUUAUCGCGCUCCAGUUCGUUGUGGCGGCGAUACCAAGACUCGCACAAAGCUCAAGAAACGGGGCAAGAACCGCUGCAAUUGCACUCCAACGAAAUGGUCGAUUAUUUGGACGUACUCGACCCAGCCGUGGGGAUCUUCAAUACCCUACAAGACUAUGGCAAUAGCUCCAUGAUUCCCAAUGUCCCAUGGCUCUACAAUCGCCGUCCGAAAUUGCGCAUCGAUCAAUUCGUCCGUGAGUCUGAGAAAACAUUAGAGUCGCCGCCCAUGAGUGCCGACGCAGUGCCUGUGGAUCAGACCGGAAGGAUGAAGAGCAUCUCGAAAAUUCCUUCGAUCCAUCUCACCGAGGUGGGAGAUACUACAAGGCCUUUGGCUGGCAAAGAUGACCAUUUGUUUCUUCCCAACAAGCAAGCCGAGGAAAGCCAGUUGGAUCUGAGUGUCUAUCCGGCGCAGGAUCAGGCAGCGCCGACGGAAGAGCAGUCGACAGAUUCCCAUGAUACCUUAAAGAAAGCCGGGGAAGAGGAAGAAGACCCUCAUACAGAUCGCUGGUACGCGAUGGACGAGGAAGAGCGUCGUGAGUUGGAAGGGCACAUCAAGUACCUACUAAACACUAAGUCGAAGACGAAGCGUAUGUUCAAGGGCUUUUGGAACUUUGUACGCACGCCGAUGGGCUUCAUCUUGACGACGUACAUCUUCUUGAUCUUUUCAUGGGGUGUGGCCAUUUUCUUGUUCAUUGUCAAUUGGGUCCAUGUGGAGCCAUACCACAAAUGGCGUUUGUGGGUGGAAGUUUGUGACCAGGUUCUAUGUGCAUUGUUCGUGACGCGUGGUGUUGGUUUUGCGCCCUACCGUGUGGUCGACACGUAUCGCAUGGUCCAUAUUGCGCACUUCCACUUUUUGACGUACAGACGACGGAAGCUACUGAAUCUCCCCAAGCUUGCGAAUGAAAGUGAGUUGCCCCGGUACACGGAGGAACAACUGGCGCAUAUUAUGCAUGAUAAUUCCAAGCAGAUUUCCCAUUCGGAGCAUGAGGUGGAAGACAUUUCCCAGAUGCUUGAGCGGAUUGGUGUGAAGAAUGCGAAUGAACUAUCAGACCAGCUUCCAGACUUUAACAGACUCCUGACUCCUAUACCUGGCCACCCUGCGGAAGGGAAGGUCAUCCUUAGUCGUGAGGAACAACAAAAAGAGCGCCUACGACGUGCGCCGUCCAUUCAGUCGAUUGUGGAGAAACAAUCACGAGAGGUGAGCGUGCUGACGCCCAAAGAGCAGGCGUUGCUCCAGCACUAUCAGCGCCGUUUCCAUGCCUCGCAUACAUUCUACCGUUACUGUGAAACAGAAACGCAUCGACCCUUUCCGUUGUGGCUCAUGAUGACUAUUGUCAGUCUCCUGGACGUGUACUCGAUGCUACAGUGUUGUUUGGCCGGUACGAUGUGGGGCAUUCGGUAUGAACGUCGACCCACGUCUCUGACGGCUUCUAUUGUUUCGAGCUCGCUUUCCUGUAACAUCAUUGCAGGGCUGCUGAUUUGGCAGGGCGGGAAACGUACGCGCAAGACCGAAGUGGUAGAGCGACGUGUUAAACUGGCCCUGGAGGAGCGUGCGAUUGAGCGAAUGGAACGCAAGCGUCUAAAAAACGCUCAAGUACGUCAAGAGCAGAUAUUGCAUGAGAAAGAGCCAACGCAAGUGCGCCAUCGUUCGUGGUAG